CAAAAAAGCUUCCACUGCUAAAAUUCCGUAUUUUAUCUGAAAUUAAAAAGAUACAAGGAUUUUAUGGAUAGAAUUUUUACAAAUCUAAUAAAAAUAUACUAUUUCCCAGUUGUUGAUAAAGGCAUAUUUCCAUUCUGGAUUCCCAAAAGAGGACUUAUCUAGACAUCUACAAGAUGGAUUUGGCGGAGACGAUGAAAAAUGUGUUGGCGAAAAGUUCGGGGGGCGCAAGCGGCGCGGCAAGCAGCUCCAAUGCCUCGGGCCCGCAUGGCGCCGAGGGCUACGUGACGGAGAAACUGUACAUGCUGCUGCAGCUGUACUUACAGAACAAGGGCUGGAGCCCUAGUAUAGAGCUGUUGCAGUGCUUCAGUGACCUCAAAGAGUCAUCCAUGCUUCCUAGUGCUGCUUAUUUACAAAUGAUGGCAUCAAGGGUAGGUCUGGAUGGUCAAGGCAGACUGAUAUACCGUGAAAAUGGAAAAAUAAUUCUGCCUUAUGAACACUUUGCCAAUGCUGUAAUGCUGAAACACAUGAAUGGUCCUCAUGGACUGCAUCUUGGGUUAGAAGCUACUGUAAGAGCUGUUGUGGAGUCAUAUACCAUAGGCCGUGACCAAUUUGGAAUGGAGAAAGAGUUUAUAUUGGAAGUGGUGCAGAACUGUCCAAAUCCAGCUUGUCGUUACUACAAAAAUCAAUUAGAGAUGACACAGAAAUCUAUCCAGCAGCAUUUGUCCCAACAGCCCACAUAUAUCCCAGAAGCGGGCGGUGGUGCAAUGCCGGACAGUGCGGCAGUGGAGCGUUUGCUGCGCGGCGCCGCACUGCCGCAGGAUUAUCAGUUGCCACUCGCACCUCACCUGGCUGCCCUCACAAACUUAGCCGGCGAAAAAUCGGAGCGUCGCGCUGAAAAAUUAUCCCAGCAGAUGCUGAUGCAGAACCGAUCUUUAGGUCACCAGCCGCCCGUUGACAAGUACUCGCACCAAAAUCGCUCAUCGUCGCACUCGAGCCUCGAGUCCAAGUCCAAACAUCAUUAUAAUGACGAGCAUAAGCUUACUGACUUCUUAAGGGCGAACUUGGAGAGCUUGGAGUCGUUGUCGGGCGGCGGUGGCGGCAGCGCGAGCAGCACUCAUGGGGAACGAGCAGGCAGCGGCGCGGGGAGUGGCGCGGGCAGCAGUGCGGGCGCGAGCAGCAGUGCGGGCGGCGGGCAGGAGCGCGUGGUGCGUGCGUUCGCGGAGCUAGCGCGCAACUUGCAGCGCAUGCGGCCCUGUGUGCGCCCCGCCAUGUGCAAGCCCUACGGCAAACAAAGCGAGCAGCUGCAAAAAAUUCUGUUGGACACAAUCCAGUUAGUGCAAUCGCUACGGAGUUAUCUGCCUCCCCCACACAUUCAGGUUACGUCCUGGAAGAAUGACGACAAACUACGUUCAAAUAACAUGGAAGAGUUAGAGAGUCGUAAAAUCGUGAGCGGGAACUAGCCUACCAUAUACCGACUCACAUACACACUCAUAUACCGUAUUGUACACACACAUAGUUUGUCAUUUAUUUCGGGUCUUUUUAACCCUUAGUGUUAUAAGGAAAUGAAUAUUUAAGGGUCUUUUUUUCACGUCUAAGUAUUUGCUUUAAAGCGAUUUUUAAUUUUAUUUUUCAUGGUUUCGAAUAUAAUUAUCAUGUAUCGAAGAAAGAAUCUCCAUGAAUUUUAAACUAUUUAGAGAUAAAAAAUUAACACAAAAUUGUAUUGCUAAUAAUUGGUUUCCGACGGAUAAAGUUAAAUAUAAUCUAUUUAACCUGGAACUUUAUUCACUACUGCAGGUUUACAAUUUUAUACAAAACAUUAUCCAUUUUUUUGUAUAUCA